UAUUAAUCCUAGUACUCAGUGAGUAAAUGAGUUUAGUUGAAAUGCUGUUUCUCCUUUGAGUAUUUCUUCACAAUGCAUUUUUCCUUCAGGAAAUGUCCAUGAAGAACCAGACGUUGAUCAGUGAGAUCUUUCUUUCGGGAUUUCAGAAUCUCCACAACUUCAAGAUUCCUGUCUUCACUGUGUUUCUUCUGAUUUAUAUUAUGACAGUUUGGGAGAACGUCCUCAUCAUAAUGUUGGUGUCAUUGAGCCGGAAUCUCCAGUCCCCCAUGUACUUCUUUCUCCGACAGUUGUCCCUAUGUGAUCUACUGGAGUCCUCCAAUACUGCACCUGUCCUGCUAAAAACUAUAAUCAGUGAUGGUGUCACAAUGCCCCUUGUUGGCUGUAUCACUCAACUGUACUUUACUGCCUACUCUGUAACCUUUCAGUCAUUCCUUCUAGCAGUAAUGUCCUAUGACAGAUAUGUGGCCAUCUGUAACCCACUGCGUUACUCUUCUAUAAUGUCCCACAGGGUUUGUAUAGAAAUUAUCCUCAUGUCUUGGAUAAUUAGUAUUUGCUCUACAUUGGUAACCUCAAGUCUCAUAGGAACCCUACAAUUCUGUAACCAGAAAAAUAUCAACCAUUUUUUUUGUGAUCUGGAUCCUCUUUUAGAACUUUCCUGUUCCGACACCUUCUUUGCGAAAACAGAAGCUACUUUAAUGUCUAUCCCUGUGGUUGUUUCCCCCUUUAUACUGAUCUGUGUAUCAUAUAUGUGUAUUGCCCAUGCAAUCCUAAAGAUAGUGUCCAAUACCGGGAGACAAAAAGCCUUCUCCACCUGCAGCUCCCACUUGGCUGUGGUCUCCAUAUAUUAUGGGACUCUCAUUUCUAUUUAUUUGACUCCUUCCAAAAAUCAAUCACAGAACAGAAGCAAAGUUCUGUCUCUGAUGUACACUGUAGGGAUUCCUUUUAUUAACCCAGUAAUUUACAGCUUGAGAAGCACAGAUAUUAAAAAAGCUUUGAAAAUGCCGUAUAAAUAA